AUGACAGAAAUUAAUACUAUCAAAACUUCAAAAGACAAUAAAACUCUCUGGUAUGAACCAUUUUUAGAUCGCGGUCUUAUUCCUGAUUUUAUUAUGCGUCUUGGUGUGAGAAGUUUGUUACAAGUUAGAUUGAGAGAAAUUGAUCUUGGUGAUGUACAAGAGAAUAAACACAGAAAGAAAGCAUACAUUGAUCAAUUAAAAGAAAGACCUAUCGCUGAGCACACAAGUAAAGCUAACGAACAACAUUAUGAA